AUGUUUUCUAGGGUUGCAGGUAGAGAGGCACGAAAGCGUGGAUCUGCCAGAAGGCAUGUGAAUGUUGGUGAUAUAGUUAUUAAAGCCCCAACUAAUGUCAACAGGAAGCGUCUUCCAAGACGUAUGUCAAAACGAUUGAGUCAAAAUAAGAGCAAAGCGAAUAAUACUAUUCAAAUUGAUGAUGUUGCCCCGGGUAUGACAUUCCUUGACUCUGACUCUGACUCUGACGAUAACGAGCAAUUUGUUGAUUCCCGUGAACAUUUGGUCAGUAAUCAUAGAGAAAGCCUAUCGGGAAUCUCCGAUCCCGAGAAUGCUGCUAAAGAAAAUAGUAAUGAUAACGAAAGUAUAUUAUCAUCGUCAUCACGUGAGUCCAGUAGUGAUGACAUACAUAGCAAUCGAAAUUCAAAAAUUGUUCACAACCUUCGAAGCAGUGACUUUGAUCUGGUUAUAACUGGUGAAUUUCAUUCCAAACCACAAACUAAAACAACAAAUCACAAGACGAAAACAAAACGGAAGACGAAAACAAAAAGAAUUACUAGCCGGAAUCCAAGACUAAAGUCAAGUGCAGUAAAAGGUGGAACCUUUGUUCAUAAGAAUGGAGAUGAUAACGAUUCUAAAUCGACCAAAAAUGGUGGUGGAAAAAAGUCCACUUUGGAUCCAAAGUUAGUGAAACCAAAGCGCAAUAAAGAGAUUGUACCUGUUAAAGUCCCAGAAACUGCUCUUGAGUCACGCAAAGCUAAUCCUCGAAGGAAUACCAGGACAAAGAGAAAAAAAUUGGAAAAUUCCGCUAGAAAAAGAGUUGUGAAAAGACGCUCAACAAGAAAGUCAUUGCCGAAGUCAAAGCACGCAGUCGAAAUCAUUGAUUUGUCGAAUAAUUCUAGUAAUGGAAUUGAGAAACAUGAUGCUGACAAUUUAGAAGUGAAUAAAGUAUCCUCACCUUUUGAUAAAAAUGUCGAAAGUGAUGAAAUUUCAGCAUUCAAAUCACAAACGGAGCUUUCGCUUGAUGAUAAAUAUGCUCAGACUGUUUAUGAUGGAUCUAAGCGCAGAGUGAAAGAUAUUUAUAGUAGCAAAGUUACAAAAGCAAAAUCUUCGGUGCCAAAGAAAAGAGGAAGAAAAAAAAAGGGUGAGUUGGUUGGAAUAAAAUACAGGCGGAUGCCGGCAAAUAAGUCUAAAAUCAUAACUGUUGACGUUAUUGGACAGAUCUUAUCUGAUUAUUUUCGCAAGAGAAGCAUCCAAAAAAUUGAAAUUCUGGAAAAGAAGCAUGAAAAGCGUUUGUUAAAAUUUUGUAUCAUCUUUAAGGACCUGUCUUAA